AGGAGGAAACAUGGCGGCUCCUGCGCUCUCCAGUCGGGCCUCCGGGAACAGCAGCUCCGGGAAUAGCCUGUCCAAUAGCCCCACUGCAGCGGCCGGCGGGAGGCUGUCCUCCUCCGGGGGAACAGCCGGACCCGACCUGGACUUCAGGUCCGCGAGCCGGAUGGAGGAUCUGAACCGUUUGAUCUCUGAGUUCAGCAAGCAGGAGCAGCGCGAGACCGACGAUCAAAGGGCUCUGGAGAUCCACACCGCCAAGGACUUCAUCUUCUCCAUGCUUGGAAUGGUCCAGAAGUUGGACCAGAAGCUUCCGGUGGCGAACGAGUACCUGCUGCUGUCGGGCGGGGUCCGCGAGGGCGUGGUGGACAUGGACCUGGACGAUCUGAGCGUGUACGCCCGCGGCACAGAUUACGACAUGGACUUCACGCUGCUGGUGCCGGCGCUGAAGCUGCACGACCGGAACCAGCCCGUGACGCUGGACAUGCGGCACUCGGCGCUCGGGCACUCGUGGCUCAGUCUCCGCCUGUUCGACGAGGGCACCAUCAGCCGCUGGAAGGACUGCUGCACCGUGGUGGACCACAUCAGCGGCGCCACCAACUACUUCUUCUCCCCCACGCUGGUGGCCGACUGGUUCCACCGCUCCGUGGCGCUGGUGCUGCUGGAGGUGCAGAAGAAGCCUCAGAGGGGCAUGCCGCGGGUGGAGAAGGUGGAGAGGAACGGCACGGUGAUCUCUGUGGUGCUGGGCGUGGGCAGCAGCCGCAUGCUGUACGACAUCGUGCCCGUGGUGUCCUUCAAGGGCUGGCCCGCCGUGGCCCAGAGCUGGCUGAUGGAGAACCACUUCUGGGACGGCAAGAUCACAGAGGAGGAGGUGAUCAGCGGGUUCUACCUGGUUCCUGCGUGCUCCUCCAAGGGCCGCAAAGAGAACGAGUGGAGGCUGUCGUUUGCCCGCAGCGAGGUGCAGCUGAAGAAGUGCAUCUCCUCCAGCCUGAUGCAGGCGUACCAGGCCUGCAAAGCCAUCAUCAUCAAGCUGCUGUCGCGGCCCAAAGCCAUCAGCCCGUACCACCUGCGCAGCAUCAUGCUGUGGGCCUGCGACCGCCUGCCCGCCAACUACCUUGACCAGGACGACUUCUCCGCCAGCUUCCUGCUGGGCCUGAUCGACGACCUGCAGCACUGCCUGGUCAACAAGAUGUGUCCCAACUACUUCAUCCCGCAGUGCAACAUGCUGGAGCAGCUGUCGGACGAGAGCGCCAUGCUGCACGCCCGCAAGCUGUCGGUGCGCUCCGACCCGGCCGAGCACCUGAGGACCACCAUCGAGCACGCCAAGGCCGCCAACCGGCUGACGGUGGAGCUGCAGUGGAGGGGCGGCGUCGGCAACCCGCCGUCGCCGCAGUCCGACGCCGGCGGGGAGAACCAGCCCGACGACCGGCUGGCCAAGAAGCUGCAGCAGCUGGUGACAGAGAACCCCGGCAAGUCCAUCUCUGUGUUCAUCAACCCCGACGAUGUGACGCGACCGCACUUCAGGAUCGACGACAAGUUCUUCUGAGACUCCCUCCUCCUCCUCCUUCUCCUCCUCCUUCUCCUCCUCUAUCUUCCUCCUCCUCCUCCUCUCAAUGUUUUUGUUUCUCUGCCACAGAGUGAGGUGAGGUGAUCGUCUCGUUGUGUCCGCCACAGUUUUUUAUUUUUCUAUCCCCCCCACUGUGUUUUCUAGCCCCCCCACUGUGUUUUCUAGCCCCCCCCACUGUGUUUUUUACCGGCUCGAUGCCUUCUCUCGGACCGCUGGACAGCAGCAGGUCGUUUUUAAAGCGGGGGGGAGGCCGCCUUUAAGACAAGCCGCCGGGGAAAUGUUACGCCGAGUUUAAUUAUCAGGGAUCCCGGGGGCGGGGCGGCGUCCGAGACUCCUGGAGACGUCACGUUCAACCUGACGUGACGUUAUGACAUGAUAGAGUUCACAUCUCAACCGCUGUGUGUUUAAGCUCUUCGAGACCUGCAGCCGUGACGCUAAAUACUCAAAUAUGGACCUGUGCUUUUCCCCUCAUGAAUUAUGACUUAAUAAUUAACACUUAAGGCCUGAACACAAGGGGAGGGGGAAUACUCGCCUGUGAAUCUUUCGGGCUUUUAUUUUGAAAGGGCAUUGCCUGUAAUAACCCCUAAGUCACUGAAUUAUGAACCUUUAUCAAGGAAAAUAUUCAGAAAAAUAUAAUGAUGCACACUUGAUGAAUCCGAGUGUGCAUGCCUUUUGUUUAAUUAACAAUAUAGUUAAUAAUCAACAUAAGGUAAUAUUAUUCUUGCCUUAUAAUUCAGACAUUUUUUGAGAGUUUUUUCACAAUAAUUAAUUCUAGCAAUUAAUUUGAGGUUUUAUUUCACUAAAUUAAAAGAUCUCCAAUUAUGAAAUAUUAAUUAAAAUGAUGAGAUUCAGACACAAGAUGAUACAAAAAAAUACUCUCAAAAGGGUUUAGAAGGUAAAACUCUCAGAGUGAGUCUCCUGCAGCUCCAGGGUUUCCCGGCGAGCUUCAGCAGCACGAUGGUGGAGCGGUAAUUUCAAAGAUUGUAAAGGAGUCGGGAUGUCUGGCCUCUAACCCGGAGGGAAUCGGCAGCGUUCGGUUAAAGGUGGACUUCGUCCCUCUGAGGAAUGUCUUAGUCCUGCUGGGCGACGAUGGUACUAACGUCUUAGAAGACUAACUGUAAAUAGAAGAGGCGAGUAGACGAGAUAAUAAUGUGGACUACUUUUAUGUCUAAUUUUGCACAGAAUGUAAAAAUCACCACUGAUUCCUCCUGCUGGUGAAUGUACAGAGAGGUCAGUACACGGGGACACCUGAUGGUCAUACUGCACUGGUUAGACUGGAGGAAUACCACCGAGUACACAGUGAUGCUGCAGUCACCUGGAGUGAAAGACACUAACGUUAUGAUUCUGGGCUAAAAUCAUUUUCAGAUUUUUGUUUUAAGAACAAGAGGAGGCUUAAGGACUUUUCCUUUCAGACAUGUUAAGGUUUAUUUUGUUUAUUUAUUAGACAUGAAAGUCUGUUGUUUGGAGACGGUGGCCUGAGGGAAAACGCAUCGAUGGUCAGAAAUAGAUCCCAACCAAAGAGGAAAAAAUAAAUCACUGCUUCCGCUAUCAUCUAUAAAUAAUUUCUGCUUCCAGUAAGAAAAGAAAACGUUAUUCCUGCUGGUAAAGAAGAGGGAAGCAGUCAUUUUAAACCACAAACACAGCGUUUAAUGGAGAUAUACUGGUCAUAAUGGUCGACGUAUAGCAUCCUUAAUGCCCCAUGAUUCAGAGUCCUUCCAAAUUGUAAUGGUUUUUUUAAUCCACAAAUGAUUAACCCUUCACCACCUGUGCAGUGUCUGAAUUUCUAGGGCUUCUUUUGAUGUACCACUACACCAGUGCAGUGGUACAUCAAUUAAAAACACCUUCGUUUGUAUUUUGCUUUGUUUUCCACCACUUUAGCCACGUAGCCAAGAUAGCGGUGGUUGAGUGUGAUCAGUGUCCAGCGUUAUGAGACAACCAUCCAGCUUCCCAUGGUGCGUUUCAUGAGACUUAUCAAUGUAAUGCACUGGACUUGCUGUAGAACGAGGAUAUGUUGAACAGUAGAGGCCCCAGGAGUUAACCCUGUGGAACGCCACUCAGAUUUUCUAACAGCUAAAGGAAUGCUAACUUUCAUAAAAGCUAAAUUAAAGUGCUGAGUUCAACAGCUGGUAUGGCUGGACAUUUCUUCAUUUGGUAAAGGGAAACAUGUCGUAGUGAACAGAGUCAGGUUAAAUAUUGCAGUCGUCAGCUUUAGCCCCAAGUCACAGUAUAGAUAUCCCUCUGAAUAUGACGCCAUCACUGUGUACUUCCAGGGUAUGUUCUCCACAGUUUAACUCGCUUUAUGACCGUUGUCAUGUAAAGUGUUCCAUUUUUUCACUGAUGUUUCACUUCCUGUCACCUUCCUAUUUGAUAGCUUCACUGUACCUGUACGACCUCACGUGUUUUAUCAGGUUUUCUCUUCUGCUGCUUUAUUUCUGUUGUUGGUUUCAAAGGGUUCGACUCCUUCAACACAAUCAGCUCUCACUGACAGAAAGGGAGACACAGGUUAACCGGAGACUAGUUAACCUGUCGGGGUGAUAGUUAGUGGACGUUAUCUACUGUAUCUAACUAUCAAUCUAUCUGUAAAUCCGGCUGAUGUUCGCUAUCUUUCUACCUAGUUAGCUUCUAAUCUAACAAGCUUGCUAGUGACAGUUAGCAAUCCAAUUAGCUGUACUCAAAGAUUGUUUUUGAAGCAGACCAGUUGCUGUCAUACAGUAGCAGCUCCUCAGAGCUCCAAACAUCACCUCUCAGAUACACAGUUUAUUGAAUAGAAUAAUCACAUAUGGUUUUAAUAGUUAGUUUCUCCGUUUUUAAGACUUACAGCAGUUGCUAGCUGCCAGCCGACACACAAAGUGGAAGCCCCACAGUAGCGGGCGAGCUCAAGGUGGAUGUAUCUACAACGUGGCUUUGUUUGCUUCUAGGCAUCAUGGGAGUUGUAGUCCGUCAGGAGCCGGUUGAUUUGAAGGCGAGUCGGUCCCGGUCUUUAUGUCUUUUCUCUGUUUUCCGACAAACAUUUCCAGAACAAUGCCAAAAACAACCUGCAGACAUCUGACCAGUAAUGUGAUCUCCAUAUCCUCAUCCUCAAGUGCAAUUAGUGACAACACACACACACACACACACACACACACACACACACACACACACACACAAAGUGCCACACACACUCCUGCGUGUUGUUCUCUGAGCUCCAUGACCUAACCUUUUAACUGUGAGUUUUUAUUAUUGUUGUUGUUUACCUGUACCUGCUGCUCUGCUUCGUUCUGAUGAUGGAUUUCUUUAUGCAAUGUUGACUUGUCUGAGUUAACCCUUCAGAUGGCAGCUCCCCCCCCCCCCCCCCCCCACAUCCCGUCUAAUGAAAGUCCUCCACUUUAAUUCACUGUACAGUAGAGUCACCAUAAAGACUUUUAACCAGAAGCUCUCCGUCUCCUGGGUUUCAUUCAUCUCCUCACUUCUUUGGUUUUCACCCGGAAAUCAGGUCUGUGGUUAACAUAAACUGAAGAGAUUAAAAUCCGUCAGUAAAUACCCCACCGGAGGAUCUAAAAACAGGUUGCUAACAAGAGUCUAAAAGAGACGACUAAACGUCAUCAGGCCCAACAUUAGCCGCCUUUAGCUUAGCGGUGCUGACGGAAUGAAAUAUAUUUAGGCACAAUUUUGAGGUUUAUUGAGGUGAUCUGGAUUUAAAUCACAGCUGCAGUUGGUGUUUCAGCCACCAGAGGGCAGCAUGAAUUCACAAAGAGCUCAACUCUACAUUUAUAAAGUGUCUUUAAAAAUCAAAGAACCCAACAGAAAAAAAACCCAUAAAGAAACAACAAACAAGGACACCCCAUGUACGGUCUGCUAGAGGAAACUCAUGAAGUAAUACUCACUACAGUGUGAAGGGCAGUCAUUAAGAGCAGCUGACAGUGAGAGGACAACCCAGUGAUGAAGGGAGCUAACAGCAGCAAUGAAGCAUUUUGGUAAACAACAUCACAAUAGUCCAUAAUAGGAAGAAUAAGUUGAGAAGAAAUGUUCUUACGGACACUGAACAUAAAACAAGUGUGAGAGCGAUGCAAGACAGAUUCCAUAAUUGGAAAAAUAAAUGAUUAUAUUUUGCUUUUUUUUAAAUCAUCUGGUAUUUUGUUUAUUCAAACAAUAAUCAUCAUUAUUAAUAUUCUGUCUUUUAUUCUGUUUGAAACCAUCAUAUUAGUUUUUCCUAUAAAUAUGUAUUUCAUAUUCAUAAUCUUUUUUACGUG